AUGGCCUCCGCAUUGGCGAUCAACGGCACGCCGGUGUCGAUUCCACAGCUGGCUGAUUAUCUUCAAGCGCAGCAAUUCAUCCACAAGGAUGACUUCCCGGCGCACUCACCCGCAGCAUCGGCCAGGAAUCUUUCAGCGCUGUACGCAGGUCGCGGUCACUGUCAGCAAGGAGAUGGCGGCGGACGUGGCAACCAGCGCGGAGGCAGAGGCGGUCGUGGCCGGAACGGCGGGGUGCGCUGUCAGAUAUGCAGCAAGCAGGGGCACUCCGCUGCUUUUUGUUACCGGAGAUAUUCCGAACCGCCGCCAACGGCGCACGUUGCCGUAGCAGGUGGCGGAUCAGCGCCGGCGUCCUCUCCCACGGUGACGACCUGGCUGCCGGACACGGGGGCUUCGGUGCAUGCCACCCCGGACUCCAGUAUCCUCACGCAAUCCGAGGAAUAUCAUGGUGACGAUGUUUUGCGAGUGGGCGAUGGCACAGGUUUGGCCAUCUCGCGUGUGGGUCAUGCAGCAAUUCCGUCUCUUAAUAAAUCCUUACAAUUAUCUAAAAUUUUGCAUGUCCCUGAACUAUCCGCGUCAUUGUUAUCUGUUAAUCGUUUUACUAGAGAUAAUAACUGCUAUUUUGAGUUUCACCCCAAUUUUUUUGUUGUGAAGGACUGCACCACUAAGGCGGUCUUGCUUAAAGGGCCAAGCUCGGGGGGCUUAUAUUCGUUGUCUGUUCUCAGUGCUCAUUAUGCGUUCGUCUCGGCUCGUGCCACUUCCAUGAUAUAUGGGGCCCAGCGCCAGUUAUUUCUGCGGAUGGCUCCUGAAAAUAGUCACAAAAUUCAAGAAGUGCCACCGGACAUCUCAAAUGUACCAUGGGGCUCCAGUCCCGUUCUCCAAAGUGAUAGUACUAUCAUAUCACCACCGCCGAGUGCACCAUCAACUCUGGUUCCCCGGGCACCGACUCGUGUCCCGAGGAAAAGGGCAACACGGGCCCGGCCCCUGGAGCGGGCCCACGUCAUGCGGUUAAGGCGUAUGACUAAAGGAACUGGAGAACAACUACAUGCACUCACAGCUUCGACUACGGACCCCACUUGCUACUCCCAAGCGGUUGGGCAUCCACAAUGGCGAGACGCUAUAGACCAAGAGUUCAACGCGUUACUACAUAACAACACGUGGCAGCUGGUUCCUGCUACACCAAACAUGAACAUUGUAGGGUGCAAAUGGGUUUUUCGCACCAAGCGCAAAGCCAACGGUUCGGUUGAGCGCUACAAGGCAAGACUGGUGGCCAAGGGCUUUAACUAG